UCAAAUCAAAUUUAUUCAAUAAAAAUCGCAAGCAAUGUGAAGAAAAUUUUUAGUUUAUUUUAGUUUGAAAUAAAUAUUUUUUUUCAAAAUGUACAAGGGAUUUACACGCAUUUUGAAUCAGUCCGAUAAACUUCACACGUGUAUUUCUCCAAUACUUAGGACUACUGUCUUAUGUCCGCGAAAAGAUAAACUUGCGAGUUUAGGUUAUAUAGUCAUGAGAACCAAAAAACAUGAUCGUGGAAGCCCUUCAUCAUUAUUUGUUCCUAUUCCUGUCAAACCCAAUCCUGAUGAUAUAAAUAUCGGCGAAGAAUUCACUGGUCGCCUAAAAAAACAAGAUUUAUUGAAAAUACUAAAUAAGUUCUAUCAGAAACCCGAGGUUCGAGUUUUGGCGGCUGAGAACGGUUUAGAUGACCAGUUAUUACAUCAAGCAUUUUUAUCAUUCAGAAGACACUGUUUAGAACAUGAUCUACCUCCAGACUUACAUAUUACUAUCAGUGAUAUUCUACAAGGUGCUGGACACAUUGAUGACCUCUUCCCAUAUUUCCUCCGUCAUGCACGACUUGCUUUCCCGCAUUUAGACUGUUUAGAUGACUUAAAAAAAAUAUCAGACCUGAGAACUCCAGCAAAUUGGUACCCUGAAGCUCGAAGUAUGAACAGAAAAAUUAUAUUCCAUGCUGGUCCCACAAACUCAGGAAAGACUUACCAUGCAAUGGAGAGGUUUCUGGAAGCAAAAUCGGGUGUUUAUUGUGGUCCUUUAAAGCUAUUAGCUACAGAAAUUUAUCAUAAAUCAAACAAAAGAGGUACAGCAUGUGACCUUGUAACAGGUGAAGAGAGAAGGCAUGCCACUCACUUUAAUACCAUAGACUGUGCAGAAGUGGAACCUAAAGAAGAGGAGCCAUUACUUCUAGAAGAAACAGAACUUACGCCAUCUAGUCAUGUAGCUUGUACAGUGGAGAUGACGUCGCUCAAUCAUUCUUAUGAAGUAGCAAUCAUAGAUGAAAUACAAAUGAUAGGAGAUAGAGGACGAGGGUGGGCCUGGUCUAGAGCUAUAUUAGGUCUACAGGCCGAUGAAAUACAUUUAUGUGGUGAAGCUGGUGCUAUAAAUCUUAUAGAACAGAUAUGUAACACUACUGGCGAAGAAAUGGAGGUACGAUCAUACAAAAGACUAACAGAACUGAAAGUAGAGGACUCAGCGUUGGGAUCGCUGGAUAACGUCAAGCCAGGCGAUUGUAUAGUAUGUUUCAAUAAGAAUGACAUUUACACUGUAAGUCGAGCCAUAGAACAGAGGGGCCAUGAAGUUGCCGUGAUAUAUGGAAGUCUUCCGCCAGGAACCAAACUAGCCCAGGCGAAUAAGUUCAAUGACCCCGAGAGCUCAUGUAAAGUAAUGGUUGCAACUGAUGCAAUAGGGCUUGGUAUCAAUUUGAGUAUACGACGUGUGAUAUUUUAUUCAUUAAUAAAGCCCAUUGUUAAUGAAGAUGGGGAUAAGGAAAUGGAUGUGAUUAGCAUAUCACAAGCUUUACAAAUUGCGGGGCGAGCUGGCCGCUACGGUAGCGCGUGGGAGACUGGCUACGUCACGACAUUCAGAUCUGAAGACUUGGCUACUUUAAAGACAUUGUUGUCGAAGCCCCCGGACCCCGUGACCCAGGCUGGGUUACACCCCACGGCGGAACAGAUGGAGUUGUAUGCCUAUCAUCUGCCCCACGCUAGCCUUAGUAGUCUUAUGGAUAUAUUCGUCCACCUAUGCACAGUGGACGACUCGCUGUACUUCAUGUGCAACACAGAAGCGUUCAAGUUCCUGGCGGAAAUGAUUCAACACGUUCCUUUGCCACUUCGAGCGCGCUACGUGUUCUGUUGCGCUCCUAUAAACAAUAAACUGCCGUUUGUCUGCGCCACUUUUUUGAAGAUGGUCCGGCAGUACAGUCGCAACGAGCCUAUCACGAAGAACUGGCUGUGCAACUCUGUGGACUGGCCGCUACCAGCGCCCAAAACUAUCAUGGAUCUGGUGCAUUUGGAGUCUGUGUUUGAUGUUCUCGAGCUGUAUUUGUGGUUGAGUUACCGGUUUCCUGAUAUGUUCCCUGACGUGAGGCUCGUGCGAGACAUGGAGACUGAGCUGGACGCCAUCAUACAGCAUGGAAUAUUCCAGAUCACGAGAUUACUGCGUAACUCCGAGCAGAUUAUGAAAGAGGAGCCCGAGGGCGUGGAGUACAGCGGGAAGAAGUCCAGGAUCAUGUACGGCCAACCUAAGGAAGAGGGCAAGGGGAAACUGUCGGACAUGCUUGUGUCCAGGGGUCUCAUAACGCCACAGAUGUUGAAGAAACUUCAACAAGAAUUGUCGACUGACAAAAAAGUAGAGAGAAGUAAAAAGAAAAUAAAUAGGAAUAGAAGGAAAUAGUGCGGUAAUGUAGAUCUAUUUAAAGGAUACCGGGUAAUAGACGUGGACGGCAUGACUACGAUUCUGGCGUUUGAGAAGGAGAAGAUAAGCAUAGACUGCACGUCCGAUGUGUCUAUGGCGUAUUGUGGACUUGUGCAUCCCAGCGGGAAGAGAUAUUCGGUGACCGGACCAGAUCUAAACCUUGGGAAAUGUGGUAUCCGUAUGCAAGUGACUGCAAGCGACACCGGUGUAUGGAAAUGUCACAUUGGGACGUCACAUAUUGGAUUGGAGACUAUGAAGGAGAUUAAAGUCAGACUGAGCAGUCAAAUUGCGGCUGUGCGGUCUAAUAUAACUGUAACACAUGGCAAGGAGGCGACCCUUGAGUGCACCACAACGAAAGGUCUGAGGCCACUGAGAUAUUGCCGGUUCGAGCCGCCGAACGGCAGGCCUUUCAGUAUCAACGCCGCAGUUAAUGUUUCCAACGCUCUUCUGGGUAAAUACUUCUACCCUAAUGGCAAGAGUAUAGAUAGGGGAGACUGCGCAGUGACCAUUAGGAAAGUGAAGUAUGAAGAUAUUGGAGUGUGGACGUGCGGGGCCGGCCUGGAUGACGAUAAGGAGUACACGGAUGUUAUCAAAAUUGAAGUUCAAGGUUUCUACACACUAUCAACGGCAUCGGUGACAGGCAUCACGUUUGGUACCAUAGCGAUAGUCGGCAUUCUCUGCUUCGUAGGUAUGGUCGCGUGGAAACGCAGAAGCGUCCUAGGCAGCGCUCGGCAACCCACCGAAGAAUUGGAAAUACGAGAAAUGAGGGAAUUGGAGGUUAGGACGCUACAGCGAACGCCACAGAGAAGCCCAGAGCAAACCCCGCAGGCCUCUAGGCAAAGGACCCUACAGAUGACCCCAGAGCAAACGCCGCAGCCCUCCAGGCAAAUCCCUAGUGUAGUUGUUCAAUCACCGUCUGAACCGGGAUCGUCACCGCUAAUGCCUCAGAAAUAGUACCUAGUCAGUUUUUACAGGUUUUAAAAAAAAUUAAGUUAUAUAGGCAAUGGCCUACUAAAUAUAUAUUGGUGAAGUGUUAAGAUUAUUUCCUACUAUUUUUUGUAUCAAACAAAGUAAGCAAAUAUAUGAAAAAAGAAGUAAACGAAAAAACACAUUAUUUUUCUCAUUAUAGCAAUCAUUUUCCAUUUUGUAAUUUAUGAGUUAACUGUUUAAUUGGUCUGAGACCGGUAUCGUGAAUGUUUAAAAAAAAACAAUACUGUUGCCAUAUGUUUGCAGUACAUUUUGUAUUAAGAUGAUCGCAUAGUAUGACAGCCUCUGUGGCGCAGCGGUGGUACGCUUGUCUGUGACACCGUAGGUCCCGGGUUCGAAUUCCGGACAGGGCAUGAUGAGAAAAGGACUUUUUCUGAUUGGCCUGGGUCUUGGAUGUUUAUCUAUAUAAGUAUUUAUUAUAAAAUAUAUUAUCGUUGAGUUAGUAUCUCGUAACACAGGUCUCGAACUUCGAGGCUAACUCAAUAUGUGUAAUUUGUCCUGUAUAUAUUUCUUUAUUAAUUUAUUAUACCAGAGAAAGUAAGCUCAAUAUUUAUUGGCAUUUCAUUUCAUAUAUGAAUAUUGAAUGUCUACAGUCUAAACUAUGUACCACUAUACUAGGUCACAGAAGAAAUAGUUUUUAUUAGGCCAACAGAAUUUGUGACUAUGUGUUUCUCUACAGCCUCAUUAGCCUUUGGUAUAUGUGAAUUGAGCGAUGUAAACUUGUUUAAUUUUAGGUAGAUUUUAAGA